AUGAACAACAACAACAACAACGUCCCUAUUGAAACUCUGAUUGCUAAUGCUGUCAAUACAGCUAUUGCGGGUUUAGUUCCCAACCUCCUACAACAGUUGCAGCAGAACAACAACAAUGUACAACCACCUGGGGGAAACAAUAAUGGUAACAAUAACGCUCCUGUUACUAUCCUUGAUUGGCUUAAGCGCUUCAGAAAGGAAAAGCUAAAAUCGUUUAGUACUGCUGCUACACCAGUUGAGGCGGAAAACUGGAUUGCUUAUAUCGAGAAGUUGUUCGAAGUGAUGGGCGUGGGUGAUGAGUUCAAAGUUAGGCUCGCUAGUUAUAAACUAGAGGACGAUGCUCAUAGGUGGUGGAAGACCUUGAAAGAAGCUCGUGGAGGAGAUCAGUAUGCAGCAAGACUUCCUUGGGCUGAAUUUCGCACUUUGUUUUAUCAGCAGUACUUCACUGACGCUGAUAGAAGUGAGUAUCUGAGAGAGUAUGCUUCUAUCAGGCAGGGAGAUGAUGAGCCUAUUAUGGAGUUCAAGGCUCAUUUUAGUCAUUUGGUUAAUUUUCUGGGCCCUGCAGCAGUUGAUGCUGUCAAGAAUUUGGAUAAUGAGAAGAAGCAACGAGAGAAGAAAUCGGAUGGUAAUCGCAAACGGUCUAGGGAAAGCGACCAGAAUAAUUCUGACAAUCGGGGUGGCAAUGAUCAGUCCCAAGAUCGAAGGGAUUAUUCUGACAGGUACUACAACAAUAAGUCGCGAUAUGAAAGAAAUCGAUAUCAGAAUCACAGGUCUGCUCAGAAUUCGAAGCAACAUAAUCAGGCCUCUAGAGCAAAGCCGCAGUAUCAGCAAAACCCGAAUCAGAACCGUGAUAAUAUUCCUUCUUGUACUCAUUGUGGGAAACGUCAUGGUGGUGCAUGUCGCCUUGCUGAAGGCCGUUGUUUCAGAUGUGGAGAUUCAAACCACUUGAUUAAGGAUUGCACUCGGCCUGAGUAG